AUGACAAGAAAAAAGGUUAAACUUGCUUGGAUAGCCAACAACACUAGCCGACGAGUUAGCCUCAAGAAAAGGAGGUUAGGCUUGGUGAAAAAAGUGAUGGAGCUGACAACCCUGUGUGGUAUAGAAGCUUGUCUUGUGAUAUAUAGUCCUGACGAACAAGAGCCUGUGGUAUGGCCAUCUCAAGAGGAGGCGCGGCGACUUAUCAAAAAGUUCUAUCAAGUUCCUGAGAUUGAACGCAUUAAGAAAAUGAUGAACUUGGAGACCUAUAUCAAAGAGAAGGUUUUCAUGUUGCAAGAUCAACUUAAGAAGAUGAACAGGAAAAAUAUGAAAGUUUAG